UUGACAGAGGCGACAGCAUUUGUCGCGGAACAGCCGCAGUCAGUUCUCUAGGUGCCGGAUGGAGUAACCUCAGCGCGAUAAUUCAGCCAACGCCUUCCAAAUAGAUUGGACGCACUGUUUAAACGUCCUCACAACGACAUUAUGGCUGACGACCAGUCCUCACAAUCCUGGUCAAUCGACAAGGAUGACUACGUUCUCAACGAGGUGAUCGGCAGUGGAGCCACGGCAGUGGUCCAAGCAGCCUACUGCAAGCCCAGAAAGGAGAAGGUGGCCAUAAAACGCAUCAACCUUGAGAAAUGUCAAACCAGCAUGGAUGAGCUCCUGAAGGAGAUCCAAGCCAUGAGCCAGUGCCACCACCCUAAUAUCGUCUCCUACUACACCUCCUUUGUGGUCAAGGAUGAACUGUGGCUGGUCAUGAAGUUGCUCAGUGGUGGCUCAGUCUUAGACAUCAUCAAGCACAUCAUCUCACGUGGUGAGCACAAGUCCGGUGUAUUGGACGAGGCCUGCAUUGCCACCAUAUUGAGGGAAGUAUUGGAGGGGCUCGAGUACCUUCACAAAAAUGGACAAAUUCAUCGUGAUCUAAAGGCUGGAAAUAUCCUUCUUGGGGAUGACGGCUCAGUUCAAAUUGCCGAUUUUGGUGUGAGUGCCUUUCUAGCAGCAGGUGGGGAUAUGACACGGAACAAAGUUCGGAAGACAUUUGUGGGGACACCAUGCUGGAUGGCUCCCGAGGUGAUGGAGCAGGUAGGUGACAAUAUUCAACAAACAAUAUCCUCUUUUUUUUUUGUUCCAGAUUGGUGCAACUCUUGUUUCUUUCUACAGGUCCGUGGUUAUGACUUCAAAGCUGACAUUUGGAGUUUUGGGAUCACUGCCAUUGAGCUAGCGACUGGAGCAGCACCAUAUCACAAAUACCCACCAAUGAAGGUGCUGAUGCUGACUCUGCAGAAUGACCCUCCCUGUCUGGAAACGGGCAUCACAGACAAGGAGAUGGUGAAAAAGUAUGGCAAGUCCUUCAGGAAGAUGAUCACUCUGUGUUUACAAAAGGACCCUGAAAAAAGGCCAACUGCAGCUGAGUUACUUAAGCACAAAUUCUUCACAAAAGCUAAGAACAAUGAGCACCUGCAUGAGAGGCUUUUACAUAAAGGCCCAUCAAUAUCAGAGCGAUCAAAGAAGGUGAGACGCGUGCCAGGGUCCAGCGGCCGCCUCCACAAGACAGAGGAUGGCGGUUGGGAGUGGAGUGAUGAUGAGCUGGAUGAGGAGAGCGAGGAAGGCAAAGCUGCUGUGGCAGCUCUGCGGUCGCCCAGAGUGAGGGAUGGAUCCCAGACGAUGGAGAUUUUCCAGCCACCAGAUGGCUCCACAGGACACCUUCAACCCCCUGCAACAGCCAGUGAGAACUUUGCACCUGUGGGACAAAGUGGUGAAGGCGUUCCACCUCAAGCUCCUGCUCCAGCACAGACAGUGAGCCCCUCGCAUGUACCCUCAACUCAGGAUCCCAAUGUAUCUGAUGCCAGCAUUCCCAUCAGCCUGGUCCUCAGGUUGAGGAAUCCCAAGAAGGAACUCAAUGACAUUAGGUUUGAGUUCAUGUCUGGCAGAGACUCUGCCGAUGGAGUGUCUCAGGAGUUAGUUUCAGCUGGUCUGGUUGAUGGGAGAGACUUAGUUAUCGUUGCUGCCAAUCUACAAAAGAUUGUGGAUGAUCCUCACAAUAACAAAAAUGUCACUUUUAAGCUGGCAUCCGGUGUGGAAGAGUCUGAAAUUCCCGACGACAUUAAACUCAUCGGCUUCGCACAGCUCAGCAUCAGUUAAGGGAAGGAAAGCGCGCAGCAAAAGACAGCAUCCACUGGUAACGCGCAGCUGCAUUCUAGUAAAUUCUACGACGACUACGACGACGACGACGACGCUGCUGCUGCCAAAGAGGACGACACGUGAAGCUGGCAGGGAAUGUGACACUUCAGCAGGAUGCCCGAGGACCACACAGAGAGAGGAGGGCUCAGUACAUCACAGGAACACACUUGAAAUGUUUACAGUGCGCUUAUUCAUGGGAGAGGACAUGCAAUCAACUAUAUCAACUCAUUUUUCUUUGUUUUUUUUCUGCCCCCUUUUCAUUCAUAAGCACAAACCACACCGUCUCCAGUCUGCCAGUACUGGAAACAAUGCCUUCCCCACUUUUUUUUUAAUUAAACCGUGCCACAAGAGACAAGACAAAGUCGUGCCACCUGAAAAAGGCACUUUAUACUACACUGAAUUUGACCAGUGAAAAUGAUUAAGCCUUAGUUCAUACGUUUUCCUCUUACAGUUGAUGAACAACUAAUACUUACUAUUGGUAUAUAUGCAUGCAUUUCUAACACCUCCUCCCAAAGAGAAAAUUAAAUGAAUGAUAUCAUCUAACCCAUUCAUGAAUUCUUCUCACACAGUCAAAACAUAACCAAAGAGAAUCAGGCUCUGACUGCACCAAUAAAAGAGUUUCCAAACGUGCAUAAAUCCUCCUUACUGGAGUUGCUCUGGCUUACAAUUAGUCGCUUAAACACUUGAGUUUAUUUGAAGUAUUCAACCAGUCUGGCCUGAUGUUCUUAUCCUAUGCAAUAGUUGUUUUCACUGGAUGUGACGCCGUCGGCUGACUCGCACUUAUUCUCGGCUGAAUUCACUUCUGUACCUCAAUAUUUCAAGCGUCAAGCCGCAAGGUAGCGCCACCAUCGACAUCCGUACGUGAAUGAUUGACACGUCUACACUUUUGCUUUUAUUAGAAUUUCUUUUGUAAAGUAGAAAUAUUGCAUGUUUAUUUCAUUUGCUCUAACAGCUUUUGGGAACACCUGAAUACAGCGGAUUGUUGAGCCCACACUGCUUUGGUUUCUAAAGUGCUGCCAGGGUUGGAACGUCACUGAAGGUGUAUGUAUUCCCACAUUGGACAUGUUUCACCAAAUAAAAGUUUGUAACAAAAAAAGGGGGGUGGGGGGGUACUUCACCCUAAUAGAAAAAAGGAUUUCCCUCACACAACAGCAAAUUACCACCGUUUGAUAAGGUAUUGAUUUAGUUUCCGGUAUUUGUGCAUUUGAAAUUGAGAUAAAAUGUCAAAAUUAUGUGAAAGUCAUAAAAGAUAAAAUCGAAAUUAGAAGAUAAAAAGUCCUAAAUAUGAGAUAAAAGCCAUAAUUAUGAGAAAGUCUUAAGAUAAAGUUGAGCUUCACUGGAGCCUUGGUCACAUGGCACUCGGCAAAUGCACAGUUUGUAUCUCAUAAUUUCAACUUUUUAUCUAAUAAUUCUGAUUUAGCAUCGGUUCAGUGGCGGAAACGGGCUUCCAUAGCAUGAUGGCACCUACAUUGCUGGAAAUAAUAGAAAUGCAUGUUUUCAUUGCCGUAAACGGACACAAUUGCCGUCUUCCGUUUGGAAUGACGCCACUGGGAACAUCUGUUUAGGUGGAGUGAUCCUACCCCAGAAAAGUUAAAGAAGAAAUGUGUUUGUGUCCAAACACUCCCUCGAUCCCCCCACACCUUUCAGGCCACUUCUCACUGCCGGUGUAGCUUUGUGCUUGGUUUGUACGACGGCGUUAAAGGGCUGCCUUGACAGUCCUCGUUCAGGUACCAGAGUAAGUGGCGUGUAAAGCUCUUGUAAAUGUACGUAUGUUGCAACUCCAAGCACCGUCGCAUACGUUUUACAUGUAACAACGCUGAUGCAUUUGAGUGUUAAAAAGACAAAAGUGUACAUGCCGCAUAAAACAACUAACUUGUAAAUGUUGAUUAUGGAAAACAAAUGAUUGUUGACUCAGCUUGAUCAGGACAUAAUAUUUGUCUACUGUCGUUUGCCUUUGUCAUUAGCUUCCAGUUAUUUUGAUUGGCACCUUAUUUGUUGCACCUGUUCUUUUUCAUGCACAUAUGUGCUCAUUAGACCAUGAGGAGUCAUAAUAGCACACCAUACACUUGUGUGUAUUUCUAGUGUUAAAAAAAAUGACUGAUUUUGUGCAUCGUGUUACCCAAAAUUUAAAAAAAUCACCACUUUUCUGUUAAGAAAAAAAAAAAUCUGCCUUGUUUUAGAGUCACCCAAUCAUUAGCAUUAUUUGAAUCAAUUGAUGGCAGUGAACGUCCCGUAUUUUUCAAAUAGGCUUAUUCAAUUGUAUUCAUGUAUACAUGGACAAAUGCGAAUUCGAACUGGAACAUUUGUGAUUUCCAAACUUUGUAAAAUGUCGCCACUUGCAGAAUGAUUUGUGGUCGCUUGAAUAAAGUCACAGUGGAGUCAAAGGAAAGGGGUUUUAAUGUUGCAUGUUUGGGUUUUUUGUACCCAUAUAGAGUGCCAGGCUUGUGGUCUGGUUAUGUCGUGAGGAAGAAGGGGCUCCACUCGUUUAUUCAACACUUAGAGGUGUAAACCACAGGUGUUCAAACCUUUUCCAGCGAGGGCCACAUAGUGAAAAAUGAAGGGAUGCAACUUUGCCACUUUGAUGUUUUGAAGUUAUACAUAUUUCAAGAAAAAAUACCCCUCAGCUUUGUGAUGUAGGUGAAAUGCUACUAAAACAGUUAUAUUUUUCCCCAUAAUUUUAUGAGUGACAUUUUCAUAAAAUUGUGACCUUUUU